AUGUCCCUCGUUCAGCAAUGCUAUGGUUGGUUCCACAAGCAAACGCAAGAUGCUCUGCUCAGCGUGCUGGCCGCCGGCCCUAUCCCUAAGCAUGUCGCCUUUGUCAUGGAUGGAAACCGCCGCUACGCUCGUAGGAAACAUGCGCCAGUCCAGCAAGGGCAUUCAGAGGGUUUCGUGGCGCUGCGCCGGAUGCUAGAAAUCUGCUUGAAGCUAGGCAUCAAAUGCGUCACGGCUUACGCUUUCGCGAUUGACAACUUCAAGCGCUCUCCAGAGGAGGUGGAUGCUCUGAUGAACCUAGCCGAAGACAAGCUUCAGGAACUUUGCCAGCACGGUUCACUCCUACACGAGUAUGGCGUUCGUUUGAACGUGAUAGGCAAGAAAGAAUUACUCCCAGAACGGGUACAGGCAGCGGCUCGUAAGGCGGAGGAAAUGACACGUUACAACGACCGUGCAAUCCUGAACCUAUGUAUGCCGUACGCCUCUCGCGACGAGAUAACUACCGCCGUAGAGCGCACGAUCAACGACGCCCUUAAUGAAGACCGUUCUCCAGAGUCUAUAUCCGAAAAGGACAUCGACGACCAUCUCAUGACCACAGCAGCCGGCAGUCCACCCUUGGACAUCUUGAUUCGUACGAGCGGUGUGAAACGCCUGAGCGACUUUCUGUUAUGGCAGUGUUGCGAAGAUACCCAAAUUCAGUUUGCGACAACCUAUUGGCCAGACUUUGGCUUGUUGGACUUCAUCCCCAUCAUCCUUGACUUCCAGAGGAAAGUGUGGUCCCAGUCACGGUAGUGUUUCACAAUGAGACAUUGUUUUGACAACUCUAUAUUAUCGCUGUCUUGUAUCUGGCUCGAGUUUUGUUCCUAAUAUACACCAUUAAUGAUACAAUAUCCCCAAAGUGAAGAAGAUGAAGCGACCGCCGCAAUGGAGGGGAAAAGGAAGCGCAAAUGGAUACAUGGAAGCAUACCAUAUCAUAUCGCACAAUAAACGCAAUAUAAUACAAUCAUAGGUGCAGGGAGCGAACGGAGACGAGGAGCGAAGAUUAGGGGAGCGAGCGACAGUAUAGCGUCCACGAGAGUAAACGAGCAACCAUGGCGAUCGACGAAUAGCGGAUACUUGAACAACCAGCCCACGACGAGGAAUAGUCCCGAGUAAGGUGAUACAAAUCCAAGGGGAAAGCCAAAGCCAAUAGAAUCUACUCCACAACUUCGAACCGCGACCUCUUGGGAUCCCGCCCGUCGGUCUCCUCGUCCAGGCCGCGCUUCUCCGAGCCGGAGCCGCUGCCAGACGCAAACGCCGGUAUGCCAGGGAAAGACUCGCCGUUGACCAUGCUCUGGAGGAUCAUGGCGUACUGCUCGUCCGUGAGGCCCAUCCCCGCGAGCGGGUUGAUCUUGCCGUCCUCGUCCGCCAUCUGGCCCGGCUGAAACAUGCUGUUCGCCUGCAUCGCGAGCGCCUGGUCGAAGGACGGGUCCGACAGCGGCGGGAUACCCACCGAGCGCGGGAUGCGCGACAUCUGCUGGAUGACCUUGAGGUGCAUGAGGUGCUUCUCCAGCAUGUCGAGCAGGCCCUGCUUGCUGAAGGGCUUGGGAAGAAUGUCGUUCAUGCCGGAGGAGUAGUAGGUCAUGAUCUCGUUCGGCUUCGAGUUGCUCGUCAUCGAGAUGAUGGGCGUCAUAUGGUCGAACUGUCGGAUGAGCGACGUCGCCGAGACACCAUCGAGCUUCGGCAUGACAAUGUCCAUGAGCACCAAGUCAUACUUCUCCAAGUUCAUCUUGUUGACAGCGCCGACACCAUCGACGGCAACAUCAAAGUUGCAGCCAAACACCUGCAAGAACUUGCUGGACAGCUUCCUGCUGACGGCGUCGUCCUCGACGAGGAGUACCCUGGGCGGGACCGCCCACCCAGGAACAUACGUCGACCGCCGCACCCUCAACUUCUGCACGCUACUCGGACGCGCGCCCACGUCGCCCGUACUCAAGCUCAAGCCCAUACUCCCCGACGCCUCCGCCGCCGCCGCCGCCGCAUUCGUCGGCUGCGGCAUCGCAUACGCCUCCUGCUGCUGCGGGCUCUGCUGCUGCUGCUGCUCGUCCGCGGGCGGCGCCGGCGCGCCCGCCAUGAACAUCGAGCCGAGCGGGCCGAGGCAGUUCG